AGUUACACUUUUUCAGAUUUUUGUGAUGUGGGGGGGAGGGCGAAUCCGCAACUUUCUCAACAUUUUCCCAUUGAAUAAACCCCCAACCACUCACUUUUUGUGUCGUCACAUUGUCGAUUUGGAUCAUUUUGAACACGUUUUGGAAUUUUUAUUCACGAUGGAAUUUGAAGACGAACCAAAGGGGGGAAAGAACGGAGGGUUUCGUGGAGGAAAAACUUUGGAUCGUCCUUAAACUUGUGCUCACAUUUUGGGAUCUUUCAUCAAAGAAUUGGAACUGGAAACAAAAAAAAACAUGGCUUUUGAGCCUCGACAACAAUCUCACUAUUAAAGCAACCCGAUUCAACUUGAUCGUCAUUUGUUUUUGCAAGAUUUAGUCUCUCCGCCGUCCGUGCUCGCACCCCCCACCCCCUCGCCUCCUCCUCUCGUUCCCAAGAUGUCCUCCCAAGUUUGGAGCGCCUUUGUUGGCUUGUCCGGGAUGCUGUUCGUGCUGGCUGGCUACAGCCUCGCCGUGCAGCUGCCCCACAACGCGACCAUAUUCGAGGACAAAUGCAAGACGAUGACGACGUGCGAGGCGCUCAAAUACAACACAUGCCUGGGCUCUCCUCUGCCGUACACGCACACGUCCCUGGUGCUGGCAGAAGACUCCGAUUCCCAGGAAGAGGCUUUCGAGAAGCUGACCAUGUGGUCUGGUCUGCGGAACGCUCCUCGCUGCUGGUCUGUCAUCCAGCCUCUGCUGUGCGCCGUCUACAUGCCCAAGUGUGAAAACGGCCGAGUGGAGCUGCCCAGUCAGAGUUUGUGUCUGGCCACGCGUCGCCCUUGCAGCAUCGUGGAACAGGAGCGCGGAUGGCCCAACUUCCUCAAAUGCGAGAAAUUCCCAGUGGGCUGCUCGAACGAGGUGCAGAAGCUGAAGUUCAACACGUCGGGCCAGUGCGAGGCGCCGCUGGUGAAGACGGACAUCCAGUCGAGCUGGUACAAGGACGUGGAAGGCUGCGGCAUCCAGUGCGACAACCCGCUGUUCACCAAGGAGGAGCACGACGACAUGCACGCCUACAUCGCCUACUUUGGCACGAUCACCCUCCUCUGCACCUUCUUCACCCUGGCCACAUUUCUGGCCGACUGGAAGAACUCCAACCGCUACCCGGCCGUCAUCCUCUUCUACAUCAAUGCCUGCUUCUUCGUGGGCAGCAUCGGAUGGUUGGCGCAGUUCCUGGACGGCGCCCGUGACGAGAUCGUGUGCAAGAGCGACAAGACCAUGAGACUUGGGGAGCCCUCUUCGUCCGAGACCUUAUCAUGCGUGACCAUCUUCAUCAUCGUGUACUACUCGCUCAUGUCGGGAGUGAUUUGGUUCGUGAUGCUGACGUACGCCUGGCACACGUCCUUCAAGGCGCUCGGCACCACCCAGCAGCCGCUCACCGGGCGCACCUCCUACUUCCACAUGCUCACGUGGUCCAUCCCCUUCGUCCUCACCGUCGCCAUCUUGGCCAUCGCGGAGGUGGAUGGCGACUCGGUGAGCGGGAUCUGCUUUGUCGGCUACAAGAACUACAGAUACCGCGCCGGUUUCGUGCUGGCGCCCAUCGGCGUGGUGCUGGUGGUCGGUGGCUACUUUCUCAUUCGAGGCGUCAUGACCUUGUUCUCCAUCAAAAGUAACCACCCGGGUCUCCUGAGCGAGAAAGCAGCCAGCAAAAUCAACGAGACAAUGCUGAGACUUGGCAUAUUUGGCUUCUUAGCUUUCGGCUUUGUUUUCAUCACAUUUGGCUGCCACUUCUAUGACUUCUUCAACCAGGCCGAAUGGGAGAGGAGCUUCAGGGAAUACGUGCUAUGCGAGGCCAACGUCACCAUCGCUUCCGAGACCAACAAGCCGAUCCCAGAGUGCACCAUUAAGAACCGACCCAGUUUGAUGGUGGAGAAAAUCAAUCUGUUCUCCAUGUUCGGCACCGGCAUCGCCAUGAGCACGUGGGUGUGGACCAAGGCUACCAUCCUGAUCUGGAAGCGCACCUGGUGCAAGAUCAUUGGGCGCAGCGACAACGAACCCAAGAGGCUCAAGAAGAGCAAGAUGAUCGCCAAGGCCUUCGCCAUGCGCAAGGAGCUGCACAAGGACCCAGAGAAGGAGCUGUCCUUCAGCAUGCACACCUUGUCACAUGACGGACCUGUCGCCGGGAUCAACUUCGACAUCAACGAGCCGUCCAAUGACAUGUCGUCGGCUUGGGCGCAGCACGUGACCAAGAUGGUGGCCCGGCGAGGCGCCAUCUUGCCUCAGGACGUCUCGGUCACUCCCACAGGAACGCCGGUUCCACCCCCAGAGGAGAGGAACAGGUUGUGGAUGGUGGAGGCUGAAAUCUCCCCGGAGAUGAUAAAGCGAAAGAAGAAGAAGAAGAAAAGAAGGAAGGAGCUGCACGGACCAGCAGAGGAGGCGGCAACGGCAGCGGCGGAUCACCGGGCUUUUCCCCAGCGGGAAUUUGGCCGUAGCUCGGUGCCCCGCCUCCCCAAACUGCCCUCCCACCCGAGCCUGGUGGCCAACCUGCGGGAGCAGCAGAGGCGACAGCAGAUCCUGGAGGACGACGUCCUGCCGGGAUCCUAUCCUGAUUUUCCGCCCUCGCCUGGUGACGAGCGGUGCCGCUUGCCGCCCUUUCAGAGCGCUCGGAGCAGCUCCGGCCGCGGCGUUUUCUCGGAUCGCCCGGAAGACCUUGGCCUGGGCCCGCGCUGCCCACCCGGCACCUCCUUCUACGCCCAUGAGGGGCUGUCAGAGAGGAUGGCGCAUGUGGCCAGGGUGCCCGCUGGCCGGCGGGUCGCUUACGGCCCCAUCCACUCGAGGACUAACUUGAUGGAGGCGGAGCUUAUGGACGCCGACUCAGACUUCUAAAUUGCACUGACAGCGAGCUAAAGAAAAAAAGUGCUGGAUACUUUCGAAACUUAAGUCAACCUAUGUUUAUUUUUUACAAAGUCUUUUUUUUUUUCAUUGUAAGGAAAGGGAUAACAAAAAAAAAAAUACAAAUAUAAAUAUUUUUUUGUACUGCUAAGUCCGAUACAACUUCCUUGACAACUUUAUGAUGGAACACAAAUGAGGCAGCUAUAAAAUAGCUUCAAGGAAUAGACUAUGUAGAUUAAUCUGAAAAAAAGAACAGCAUCAUCGCGUCUUCAUGGCAGGUUACCAUUAAAGUAGGCGAAACUAUUUUGAAAGAAUGACUCUGUUUUCUGUACACGUUUACCCUCUCCACACUCACUUUUUAGCCAGUAAAUACUGCAAAUGUUUAUGUACUAACUUUAAUCUAUGGUGCUUUUUACAAUACUGUACACAUAAUAAUAGAAGGAAAUAAUACACUAGUGUCUUAUAAAGAUUCAAAUAUUGUGUUUUUUUUUUAUUCUUUCAAUUAGCAACAUGAUUUAAAAAAAAUCACACGAAGCACAGAGCAAUGUUUGAAUUUCUUUGACUGUUUCUUAAAUAUGAACAGAAAUUCCAUGUAUUUGCAUUCUUUUUUUUCACCGUGUCUCUCUUUGUGAGCGUGUAGGUAAGAUGUUCAUAGAUGUCACACAAAGGGUAUUAUUGUUUGUACAGAUUUCUACACAUAUAUAAAACGGUUUGAUUUUUCAAAAGAAAAACAAGGGGGUGCGCAAAGAGAUUGUACGCCGUUGUCAAAAUGUUGUUGCUUGAAGUCAUAUUUCCUUUUUUUACACACACAUGUGCGAAUUCUCUAUUCUUGUGAGAUGUUUAUAUUUAUAUUAGUAGCUCUGCUAGUUUCUGAAAUUGAAUUUAACGUAAAAUCACUCCCCACCCCCC